AUGACGAAAAACCGCCGCCGCUCAACUCCCGCCGGCUCUUCUUCCUCCUCCACUGCUUCUAGAACCUCCCACAGCGAUCGCCGUCACCCGACGUCAAUCCCGCGCCUCCUCCUCGCCUUCGCCGCGCUCGUCGCGCUCUUAGCAGCAGCGGUCAUCCUCCUUCCUGCGUCCUCCUCGUCCUCGCUACCAGUCGUCGAGCACAUGCAGCGCUUCUUCCACCACCGCGCCGUAUCACCGCUCGUCUCGCGCUUCUACGCCAACAGCAACAAGAUCUCAUCCUCGACCCCUUCCUACUACUACUCCACGAAAAACACCAUGUCCGCCGACUCCUCCAACGCCAACACCGUCGACGCCGACUCCUUCCACCCGAAGGGCUCCUCGUCUUCCAACGACGACGUCAACACCAACAACAACGGACAACCCAUCCUGCCACUUCCCGCCCCGGAAGAGCCCGGCGCGGCGCUGAAGCUGGACCUCGGCGGCGACGGCGUCAAGCUGGACGCGCUGGGGCCGAUGGUGGUGAACACGGACGGCAGCUUGAGCCGGAUCGCGAAUUGGGAUCGCAUGGCGGAGAUAGAGAAGAGGAAUACGCUGCGGAUUAUUGGGAAGAGGAAUAAGGAGAGGUUGGCGGCGUUGAAGGCAGAGGGGGAGGGGAAUGCUUAG